AUGUUUGCAUUUAUUCCGCCGGCAAAGGUCGCCAGGACACAGCGCUCACCGCUGAUCAGCCUCAAGGCGGAGGGAGAUUCAAAUGAGCUGACAGCACCUGUAGUUGCGGCAGCAAAUCCCUUUCUGUCGAUGGGAGCUGAGCGUGUGCGCCCCAAUUCUAUUGCUGAGGCGGAAAUUUCGGUCGGUGAAGUUCUGAUUCGCCCAUCGAUUUUUCUUUCAGGCAUUGGAGCCCAUAGUUGCUGGAUUGUGGAUGAGAAUACGCGCCUUCUCCGUGUGUGGAACAUGAACAAGCCCUUUUGGAUGCGAACGGCUCCUCGCAUGGCACCGAUUCCUACCUUUACUGAAAGUGAGGGGCUACCGCUCUUUGUCACUGAGCUCGGCCCUGACGACGAGUCAUUGGCGUUCUGCACCGAUUACGGUGCUGUCUCUAGCCUUGACCACUCCGUCGAGUUUCAGUUCCACAGCGACGAGAGCAACCUCACCGUCUCCGCGUUUGCGUGCCAUCGGGAAGGACAGUCAGUGUUGACCGCCGUGGGCACUGUCUCUGGGCUUGUGCUUAUCGCCAUGAAGUCCGAAGGCGAACGUGCCGUCGUUGGGUUUGAUCGCAUUGAAUUUUCAGAUACGGUGGGCCCAGCCCCGCUCUCCUCAUCGCUGAGGAGUUGGUGGCGCUCGUGGCUUCCACGGAAUUCAUCAUUGAAGAAAAACAGCUGUAACAAAAGCCAAAGCAGCUGCAGCAGUGAUGGCGGUGAUGGCAGCGUCGAUACCGUUGGUCGUGAGUUCACGCUGCUGCGUUUCCAUUCGACACAGACAACUCAGCUGUGGGCCAUCAAUGCUGCAUCUGAAGUUUUCUUGUUGGACUUUGGCUCACUCCAGCGUCGCGGGCGCAAUGGGGAUGCCGAGGUUCGUGUCAAGUGGGCCACAAAUCUCUCCGCAUUGCUUCAGCGUAAGGGACGCGUAGUGGCCUUUGAUGACACAACUUCCGAGCUGUGCUGUCUGGUGUAUUUGCUGCCAGGGGACGGGCGUGGGGCGGAUUUGGAGGUUGUCACCAUGGACAUCUCUAGUGGAAAGUUAAGGCAAACACUGGGCAUGCAAUCCAUUGGAUCACUGGUCAAAAGUGUGGCAGAAUCCCCAUUGCAUCACACAAAAAUUUGCAUUGAUGACACACAACAUAUGGUUACAGUGCUUUCAGGGCAAUAUUGUGUUCGGCUUAAUAACCGAGUGGGUGUUCGUCAUCCGUGCUCUAGUGAGGAUGUACACGUGCUGCGUGGACUUGAGCGCCCCCUUGGAAGUUCAUUACUGCCGGAUGGACGGAUUGUCACGUUAGACAUUAAUGGGCCUUUGGAAUAUGUCCUGUGUGCCGACGAAACAAUGAUAGAAGCCGUUGCCCAGGGUUCUCAGCAGGAACAGUUUCCUGACGCGUGGCGCAAGUCUCAUUUUACGGGGAAACGCGAGGCUUUAUUAGAUAUGGUGCGUCAUGUGGAUGACAUUUUACAUACGCUGCGCAUUGACGCCAAGAUGUCGCUGGAUUCCGCGGUACUGGAGGUUAGCGAGGGCAUAUCUUUGCAUCAGGCACCACACGAGGGUAAUUGGGCACGUGCCGACCUUGACGUGGAGGAUGAUGGCAUGAUCAUGUAUGUGACACAGAAUCUCGUUAGGCGCCAGCAAGAGCACCGUCGUUUUCUUCUGACGGUGCUUCUUCACAAUGAAAUUGGUCCUUGUCUCCAGGAAGAGACGAUUGCACGACUUCUCUCUGCGCAGGAAGCGUUGCUUGCAAUGGUGGCGAUUCGACGUCUACAAAACGACAGUUCUUAUCCUUCAUCAACCCUUACCACCAACAACUGCAGCGGUGACGUGGAGUUUGAUCUGGUAACACCACUUUAUCGCAACGCCACCACUGGAAUGCGGCAAGCGGACGUGGAUUAUUCUGUGGAAGAGUACUUUCGUCUGGCUCGCAGCUCUGUUGAAAGGGAGCAAUGUCAGCAGUUGCUGCGUGGAGCGGUUAUUCAAGUUGCCAAUCGUCUUCGCAGCGAAGCUGGUGCCACACCGACUUGGAAUGCACGGGCCACCGCAGCGGAAAUCGCCUUUGGGGCGCCAAGUCGGCUCACUACGCUUUUGCAGGUGUUGGGGGAGCAACACUGCGAGACCCAACGCAGCGUACUCGUGGAUCAGCGCACGAAGUUUGAAAACGCCAUGGCAUUGGCGAGUAUCUUUGUGCUUGUUACACGUGCCGUUAACGAGUCACGCGAGGAUAUGGCCUCUCUGUACAAGGUACCUCAUAAUGUCCGUCUGAUGCUCUGGACGAGCUCGGAGAUGGAGCACUAUGGCAUUCAGCUUCAGAUGGCGAGCGCAUGCACCAGCCUGUCUGACACCUUAGCUGAAGUCACCGCUGCAGGCAGUAACGCGGCCCCAGCACUGCAUCCUGCACCUGGAAAUACAUCUCCUUCCUUGUGGAGUGUCCCUGUACCAGACCAGCUACGUUUGUUGGAGCUUAUUGCAUUAAUCAUUCACUUUUCGUUUCAGAACCAUUCGCAGGGGAGCUCUUCCUUUUACGCCGACGCGCUACGGCGGACGUUGUUUCGCGAACCUUUUUUGCGUGAGCCAUUGGGAUAUCCAUUCGGUCCUCCACGCCCCUCGGCGGAUGCGACGAUUGGGACCGCAGUACUGCGUCUCUGUGAAGAGCUGGCAUUAGAGUUCACUGUGGGCGACAUACUUGUGGCUAUUUCCCUUGCCAAACCCAUUGAGGACCCUCAACAAGAGCAGGAAUCUUAUAGGCUGCUUGGUGCCUUCUGUCAGCGCAAUCCGUACAUGUUUGACAUCGCCCUUCGCACUCUGCUGUUACAGCGUAGGGAGUGGGAGUUGCAGUUAUUGCCAGAGCUUCUGCCGGAGUACCCUGCUGGGAAUCUCGCACGUGACGCCUUUCUUAUGCGGGAUGCGCCACAGCUGGCAUGGUUGGUGAAGCCCACCGCCUUUGAAGCACUUGUAGCGGAAGGGGCGCAGUCGCCGUUGUACCUUGCAUACGGUGAAACCCUCAUCACCCACCGUUCUCGCUCUCUGUCAAUGGCCAAGCUGGCUUGGGUAGCGGCGGGUGCCCCGACGUCGAGCGCGUAUCACGCAAUGCGACUGGACGAAGAAAUUGUGGCGGCGCAGAAGAUGUGUUUGUUGCCGGAAACGAAAAACAUGGAUUUUGGCCCCGCUGAACUUGUCCAGCACUUACUGAAGCAGCCGGCACCAGAUGCAUGGGUGUCUGCUGCAAAGGUUGCCUGUCUGUUGAAGGAUGAGCUGCGGGAAGACCUCCUGACGCAGAUUGUGCGUCGCGCGAGGCUGGAGGAUGGGGACGUCCUGAGCCACAUCAUCCGGGACGGCGCAAGCGAACUGGACGUGGCCCGCGCGCUGGAGGCAACCUCCAUUGGGCGCAUUCUGAUCACUGCAGCUGCGGCGCAGUGUACAUGUGUUUUAGCUCGUGUCUGGGCGAAUGUGCUCGAAGACAGGGAGCAGCGGUUGCUUUCUGCGUGGUUGCAAAUGCGGGCGGCAGGCCUGGUGACGUGA